AUGGCAAAUACAGGCGGCACAUUCGACCUGAGCGGGCACAAAAAGCUAUUCGGAAAAGAUGGCAAGUACAUUGUUGCAGGCAUCCCAACGGAUGCGCUUGUUGAACAAUCUCUAGUAUCGGACCAUCUGAAAUUGUUGAGUGCGUUUGAUACGUUGCGCGCAAGUGUACUUUAUGGGGAAUAUGUGGACGAGAUCUUGCCGUCCUAUACAGAAGCGGUGCAAGGAAUGGUAUCCAGUGCAGAAAAAGCGCAGAAAGGCUCAUCGGAGCAAAACUGCACGCGCUGGAUUGCAUUUUUGACACGCGCACUCGCGCGCUUCGAAACAUACAUCAGCCAAGUGCUGAACCAUGCAAACACACAAGCAGAGUUCCACCUUCAGCUGAACGAUUUGGACCUUCCUCCCUUUUUUGCUGAGUCUGAGUAUACGAAUAAAAUGCCGGAUCCACUCGUGGUGCCGGACAGACUUCUUCCGCCGCUGGACGUGCUGAUGAUUUGGCACACGUACCUGUUGAACCCGUCGCGCUACAAUGAAGAUAUUUAUCUCGCUUCGCAUCGCUCCAUCUUUGCACGAUACGAAUUUCCCCUUGCCAAGGCAGCGAGAAUGAUUGACAACUAUACCCUGGAAUACAGCGUUGCUGUGGCGGAGCCCAUAUGGGGCAAUCUUACGGGCGAGUCGUUCGAUCCGCUGCACGCGCCGUCGAACAUGACCAGCGUUGCGUGUCACGUAUGCGAGCAGCCACAGAGUGUAAGUUGGGAGGACCUUUGCACGGGCGACUGGAGGAUCAAAUGUGCCGACUGCAACAUUAUUACGACGCCAUCCAACAUGCGUGCCAAAAAGUGGGUGGAGCAUGUUGAGCGUUGGCAGCAAGGUACUUCAGACAUGUGCUCGUACCGUCUCCAUGGCGGUGCGCUUUCCGCAUACAAUGGCCGAUUUUUCACGACAGAUCCGUACGCACCCAUCCUGAACCGCGUCUUUGCAAGUGGGCGAGUGCAAAACAAUGCAGUGGGCGGGAUGACCCAGCGCAUCCUUGGCGAAUCCACGCGCGACGUGUAUGGCAAGGUGAAAUUAGAAAGAAAAUUACCCCGGGAGGUGUAUGAAGCUGCAGGGCAUGAUAUGGAAGCCAUUUCGCAAAUCUUGUACGAGUCUGUACAGGCAGACAUGGGCCGCAAAUUAUCUCAAAAGCAGCACCAUGAUCUCUACCGGCGCACGAGUUUGAUGAUGAGUUACUACCUAGAGCUGCAUCCCCUCAGUGCGGCGAGCAUUGAUUUGGUUGCAGCCACCGAGCGCCAGUUCCGGUUUAUUGAAUCGAUCAAGAAACUUGGAUGGCUCGCGCCUGGCGGGAUGCCCAAUCUGGACAAUGCCAUUCUUCGGUACCACGCAUGGCUGAAUAUUGCAGGCAAAGGCACAAAGAUGUUAUGUCCUACGCUGGACAUUGAUCUUGUGUGGCACACGCAUCAGCUCGCCCGCUUUUACUACUGGGACAUGUUCCGCCUCGUUUCUCGUUUUGUCGACCACAAUGACCGCGUCGAAAAAACGUUUUUGCGCGGCUCGUUCAACGACACGGUCGACAUUUGGGUAAGAGAAUACAACCGGCCAUACUCUGUGUGCGGCUGCAACGAACACCGCUCUAAGUACGAGACCACGAAAAAGCUUCUCAGCCAUUUUAAAGGAAAAGCGCGCAAGAAGGAUUCUGAGGGCGAGAUUGCGAAUGCCAACGAAGAUGUGACGCCAUUGCAUCCGACGUAUCCCAGCGUGCAUAGCGCCGUUACAAAGCGCGGCUCGGAGGCUGAGCAGGAACGGAAUGAUGUGUUUGACCAUGUUUCGCCGUACCCCGAGAUGGAGCCCUUUUUCUUCAAACCUGCUGAGGACUGCACUGUGCCCGGGAAAGGCACAGCGGGAGUAUCGUCGGAGAAUGUAGAUGGAAACGCAAGUGCUGUGUGCAUGCAAGGAGCUUAUCUCUAUGGCUCCCACUGCUCUUCCUCGGGGUGGUACAGCGAUCCUUACAGCGGCGCACCGCAUAUUGCUGCCAACACAGCUUUAGGUUUAAGCGUCGAUGCGGGCGGCAGCAUGUUCUAA